CGGAUGGUUUUAGGGAAGUCAUUUUUCCUCCAAGUCAUUCAGUUGUUCAAAUUCACCCAUAUAAGCACAGACUUCUUUCUGUUGUGUAUAUCCAAGACAUUCUGUUUGCAAGGGUUUGUCCUUUGAAUUUAUAACAGUGGAAAGACACAGAUAGAUCUGACAAAGUAAAAGCUAGAGCUGUUCCGUCAGUGGUAAUGACCUUCCAUCACCACUGAUAGGAGCCACUACUCCACUGUUUGAUUUAUUCAUAUGGUUUGCCUUACAUAGCCUAAGUGUGGGAGACUGUGUGUGUGUGAGAGAGAGUUAGAGACCCAGUCCCAAUCACAAAUGAACAUGUUUUUCUUUCUAAGGGGAACAGUGCAGGAGAACAGCUCUGGCUUCUGUAAACAUGAUGAUGGCGCUAGGAAACAUCUUUCCCCCCUUUUGCCUUAAUAAGGCCGUGUUCUCCUGGUCUGCCCUGCCUGUUGACUCUGACCCUUUACUCUCUCUCUCUCUCUCUCUCUCUCUCUCUCCCCCAUCAUACUCCUCCACUCACGUGAGCACAUAUUAUGUCAUUACAUAAAAUAUCUAUUUAUAUUUCACAGGCACAAACUAGUACCUAUCUUUCACGUUGGUUCCUUACUUCGAGAUGUUUGCCUGGGAACUGAAAAAAAUCUUGAAACACGAAAAGCAAAAAGUUGUUAUUUGCAGAGAUGAAGGUAUGGAACAGGAGGGAGAGAGAGAGGGAGGGAAGGAGGGUGAGAGUUAAAGGAGUGAUUGGAGGAGGGGGACAAGAAGAUGUCUCUGGUCGAGUGCCAGAACAACCUCUUCUUCAACAUGUUGAACUGUCCUCACCCCCCUUUUCUCCACCUCCCAAGAGCCUCUUUCUGUCUCUUCACUUGUUUGGGGAGAGACUGCUGCAGACCCUCAAGGUCACGAGAGGUGUGGUUUCAGGAGGGGAAAACUGCCUCCUAGACCAGUUCCCAAGCAGGAGAGCGGAGAGGGCAGCACAGCUGGUUGAACCCCCUUGUGUUCACGCAGAACUUUUAGGGACAGCAAGCUUGACCAUUCCUGAAGGUAAAGUGGACACCAUCACCGCUGGUAAGUGUCACUCCAGGAUCCAUCUUUCCCCAUCUCUACUUCAUUCUGUUAGAACACGUCUAUCUUUUUGUGUUAAAUCAGAUGGAACGACCGUGUUACGAAACUGUAAGUAAUCUGAACAGAAAAGUAAACGUACAUCAUGAAGUGCUUUGAUUAAAGUGUAAAUUGUACAUUUUUACUGGUACAAUUUCUACAAUGUUUGACCAUUGGACCUCCUAUGGAGAUGCAUAACUUAACUUAACUUGCAUAACGCUUAUAUACUUACGUACUUAAUAUUGUACCGUUGUUAGGAUUUCAUUUCAUUUUGGGGAUGUAAUUUCAGAUAUUUACUGUGUUGUAAAUCUCACUGUUUUUCAACCCCUGAGUUGUUUCCCCCUCUAUAUCCCAGUGAGCUGCAGAGGAGUGACGUCACACUCUGGUUGAUGUAUCAAUCCAUCAGAGAGCAUGGUUUAUUUCAGUCCAAACUAACAUGCUCUGUGUUUAUGCUCAGAUUAAUGGUCUGAUAGUGGAGGCUUUACAACAAAUGUCAUGUUCUAUUUAUGUUCAGAGUCGGGCAGCAGUAUGUUACAUCUCAGUCCAUGCAGGCUUCUCACUUGUUGAGCUUCAGUAAGCCUGUCCAGAUUUGAUGGAAAAAAUUAUCUCACAGAGAUCUUCCCCUUCACAGAGGAGUGUAAUCCAGUUCAGGAGUGGAAGGUGUGACACACCAUCUGGAUUUACAAAUUAACAACAUUCUUGGACCGAGAGUUCCCAUUGGACAUCUGCCCUGGCUGUAGCUGGCGAUGGAGGCUGGACCAGGCACUCAGGCAGCCCCACGCAGUGGCCCACUCACCAGCGAACAGCUUGCAGCCAUCGAUGACGAACAGACCCUUAAUGACAUGCUAGACAAGACUGAGGAUUUUGAGCAGAGACGAAUGAUUCGUGCUGCAAUGAGGGACCUGCUAAAGAGGAAACGAGAACAGCGCGAUCGUGAGCGUGGGUCGAGGCAGAAGGACUUGCGUCAGCAGGGCGUGUGUCCUGGCGCUCCGGCGGGGAGUGUGAAUAAAGGCCAGAAGGCUGCUAAUGGCCUCAGCUCUCCCCAGCAGCCACAGCAGAAGAUGACAGGCAAAGCAUCAGCACCCUCCUCAUCCCGCCCUGGCCCUAAAUCACCAGACAGUCCAGGCAGCCCAACAGCUCAGCCCUGUUUCGGGGAGGCUGCAGUCCCCAACAGCAAGCACGUCAAGCAGAUGCUACUGGACUGGUGCCGGGCUAAGACAGAACCCUACGAGGGUGUUAGUAUCAAGAACUUCUCGUCCAGCUGGGCGGAUGGUUUGGCAUUCUGCGCUCUAGUACACCGUUUUUUCCCAGAAGGCUUUGAGUACUGUACCCUUGACCCUUAUGACCGCAAGGCCAACUUCGAGAAGGCUUUCAAGACUGCAGAAAAGCUGGGUGGCUGCCCUGCCUUGCUGGACGUGGAUGACCUCCUGCGUAUGAAGGAGCCAGACUGGAAGUGUGUGUACACCUACAUCCAGGAGUUCUACCGCUGCCUGGUGGAGAAGGGCCUGGUCAAAACCAAAAAGAAAACCCCGUAGAUGGAUACUACAUGGAGAGUAGUUGACCACUGGUGAAGGAGAGAAAUGUUAGGGAAAAGAUAUCUUUCAUGAGAAUGCGAUCUUGACUGUGUCGAGUUUUAAAAAUAAAAUGCAUUUGAUAUGCUA